CGUACUGAGCCCGAGGGGCCUGCGCGAGAACAGGAAGUGCUAGUCCAACAAGCUGAGCUAGCCAGCUAGUUUUAGUCAGGUAGGUUAGCUUGGCAUUUAACUCAGUAGUCACAAUGGGGCUGUUCGGCAGAACACCAGAGAAACCACCAAAAGAGCUGAUCACUGAGUGGUCAGGAAAAAUCAGGAAGGAAAUGAGAGUGAUUGACAGACAAAUUCGAGAUAUCCAAAGGGAAGAAGAGAAAGUUAAAAGAUCCAUCAAAGAUGCUGCCAAAAAGGGCCAGAAAGAUGUGUGUGUGGUCCUCGCAAAGGAGAUGAUUCAGUCAAAACGAGCUGUCACAAAACUUUACGCUUCCAAAGCCCACAUGAACUCUGUGCUACUCAGCAUGAAGAAUCAGCUAGCUGUACUGCGUGUAGCCGGGGCUCUGCAGAAGAGCACAGAGGUGAUGAAAGCCAUGCAGAACCUAGUCAAAAUCCCAGAGAUCCAGGCCACUAUGAGGGACCUAUCAAAGGAGAUGAUGAAGGCUGGCAUCAUUGAGGAAAUGCUAGAAGACACAUUUGAGAGCAUGGAAGAUGGAGAGGAGAUGGAGGAAGCAGCAGAGGAGGAAGUUGACAGGAUCCUCUUUGAGAUCACAGCAGGUGCCCUUGGCAAAGCGCCGAGCAAAGUCACAGAUGCCCUGCCUCAAAUUGAGCCCCCAGGAGCCGCUGCAGCUUCGGAGGAUGAGUCAGAGGAGGACAUUGAAGCGAUGCAGUCAAGAUUGGCAGCUCUGAGGAGCUAAGGUGAACUGCCAGCUGUCCUGUCAAAGUCAGUUUGGUCACUCCAAUGAGGGCAGAGACAAUUCUGGUGCAGGUUUUACAGUACUGAGCAUCCUCUCUGCUUCAUAUUAUAAUUAUUAUUUCACAUAAUCAUUUGGGGUUAACUUUGUGCUAAUGUCUUUAAAAAAGUUUUUUUUCUAGAACAUUUGGUCUAUAGAGCCAGAACUGCUUUUGUCUUUAUUUAUCUGGGGUAAGCCUAGGUAAGUCUUUAUUAUCCAAAGUCAAACAGAAGGAUUAAGAAAGUGUAUAUAAUGUAAGUAUGAAAAGCCUGCUGUGCCUACAGUGCUUCAUCAUAUUCUUCUGUCCUAAGUUAUGGACUGGUGAUGGAGGUAUUUGGGUAUUUAUGAUCCAGACCAGUGAUUAAAUAACUGUUGAUGAAAGCCGCCCUGCACUUAAAUCACAUCCUAGAUCACUAUUCAGCUUCUAUUCAUUGUUCUAAUCUGUUAGAAUACAUUUUGUAAGCAACAGCUGUUCUGUUUACUGGUAACCAGCCCAUAUUAUCUGAAACACUAGAGGUGAUGGGUGGAUUUCUCUUUUGAUAGUUAAUUAUUUGUACAGUCAAAAUGUAUCUAUAUGUGGUCAUACAUGUAAAAUGCACUCAUCAGAAAAAUGCCUGCAUACUACCCUAACCCAUUGUUUGCAUUAACAUUCAGCUUGUUAAAUGUUGCAUUUGUAUCACAAUGGAGUUCCUUCUCAGCAGGAAGAUGCAGAGGAAAUGGAAAGGUUGGUUAGUGCAGAACCUAUGUAUUGUGGAAGUGUGUGGUGUGUAUAAUUUUUCUAUGUGCAUUGGGGGGGGGGAAAUAAACUUUUAAGAACAAAGCUUGCCAAUAA